GAGCGUUGGCAUUUCUAUGACCGAUUUCGCUUGAAAAGUGCGCCGCCAACACGUUACCCUCGUCUUCCUCCCAAAUCCAGUCGCCACCGCCUCUGCUAGUACGCCUGCACGCCGUUCGCCAGAGUUGCCUUCUCCGCUGCACGUUCCACUAUCUCUACCCUCGUCCACGGUGACGACCGCCCCCCCAAGUCUUCGUAACCACCUCCUCGUCCUCCUCUUGAGCGGCCGUCGGCGCCUCCGCCGUUCCACCCCCCGGCCAUAAAGCCGAACGGCCCCCCAAACACUGACGCCCACCGCGUGUUCGACUGAAUGCUGGCCGAAGCUUGGUAACAGUUGAUUUGUUGCUCAGUGUUUACCAACGGCCACCACCUGUUCGACGGAAUGCCAAAGAGGUGCAAGCACGGCGAGGAAACGACCAAUGGGAGCGGCGAGGACCGCAUCAGCGCCCUGCCUGACGCUAUCCUCCACGUCGUGUUGUCCUCUCUGCCCUCCGACGAGACGGUGCGGACGUGCGUGCUCUCUCGGCGCUGGCGCCACCUCUGGAAGUCCACGCCCGCCCUACGCAUCACCCGUGGCGGUGGCUGGAGGUUCAUGGAGUGGAGAGCCUGGACGGUGAACAACUUCGUCAACCAGCUGCUGCUGCUCCGCGACCGAGUUCCUCUAGACGAGUGUGAGAUCAGCAUCUCCCAGGAGUUCCUCAACGAAGACGAGGACGAGCUGUUCCGGUUCGUCCAUACAUGGAUUCGGCACGCCGUGUCACUUUGCAAAGCUCGGGUUCUUAAGGUCCGCAUCCGUACUGAGAGCUACCGUCUGCCUCUUGUCAACCUGCCUUUCAGCUCACAGUUCUUGACGAGGGUGGAGCUCACCGAUGUGAUUUUACGGUCCCGCUCUCUAGAUUUCUCAAACUGCCCUGCGUUGGAGGAUCUGAGGAUGCGCUCGUGCAGAAUUUAUGCCCACAGGAUCAUAUCCCAAUCGUUAAGAUGUUUAAGCAUCACUAGAUGCGAUUUCAGGUCGAAAGCUCGCACUUGUGUUUCUACCCCAUGCAUUGUUUUCUUCAAGCUCAAAGACAUUGAUGGCAGGACUCCUUUGCUUGAGAGCAUGCCGUCGUUGGUGACAGCGUUCGUCAGGCUUGACUACUCGUGUAGCGAUACGUGCAUACAUAAAGCUUAUGGUGAUUGUGGUGAUGACAUAUGCUUUGGUCAAUCUGAUGGCAGUGCUGGCAGAAAUAGGUCUGUGCUUCUCCAAGGCUUGUCAGGGGCCACAAACUUACAGUUGACAUGUGACCCUGAAGUGUUUAUUUUCAGAAAGGAUUCUAAAAAGUGCCCUACAUUUACCAUGCUAAAGACAUUGGUACUCAAUGAUUGGUGUGUAGCUGCUGACUUACGUGUAUUAGUUCGCCUUCUCCAGCACACACCAGUUCUGGAGAAUCUUACUCUCCAACUUCAACCUCGUGAGGAAUCUGUAGUUGAAACAGAUGAAAGCUAUAACCUAGCUGAACAGCUGUUGUUACUGAAGCAUCUAAAGGUAGUUGAAAUCAAAUGUUAUAAGGAAGAUGAGGUGGUUCACAAAAUUGUAUCAAUCCUGAGUACCUUUGGAGUACAUCCUGAGCAAAUUGACAUUGAACAAAAUUUCUUUCAGGCUCCAGAAAGCUGCAGUUUUGAGUUCUCAGAUUAAGGUCCAAGCUGUGAUGGAUGAUGGAUCUACUACCUCUUAUCAUUUAGAAUGUUGUUGCUGGAACCUGCAGCCAUGGGUUUGCUGUGUUCUGCGUUUUUGGAUUUUAUGUAUCAGUCCGGUUGUAUCAGAAAGUGUAUAAGCCGUAAUGACUUUAUGGAUCCAGUUCGAUGU